CACCGACUUAGUCCUGACGGACACCCGUGUUACGCAUGUAUGAUGAUUUUUAGUGGAGGUCAGUUGGCAUUAAAUUUUUAUCCAUUGCCGAUUUUGCCGACCACUUUAAUACAAUUAAUACAUAGGUAAACAUAGGUAGUGGUAACAAUGGGCUGUGAAGUGAAAAUGGUUAAAUAUGCUUUCGCUUUUGUCGCGAUUUUUAUGAAUGGGAUUUCGUGUAGUAUAGAUAAACCCGAUUUAUUAACUCUGGCAGGAGCGUUAAGAGAACAGUAUAAAAAUAUACCAAAUCAACCAUCAAAAAGGUCAACCUUUUGCCCAGCUAGUUCGCAAUGUGUUCCGCUGACGUCAUGUCCUAUUUUAAAUAAUAUCAUCGACAACCAAUGUGUUUUGUCUGAUAGGAUAGCUGAAUUAGGUUGCGGUUAUCAAGGAUCAGGAUUGGUAUGUUGUCCUCAAAUAAACGACCCCAACACGAUUUCUCCGAGUAGUGUUGUUGACGGUCAAAAAUGUGGUGGUUCACAAGUUAAAGGUGAUGGAUAUGAUGGUAUUGGCGCUUUUCCGUGGGUGGUCAGAAUUGGAUUUAGAAAUGUUUUAACAGGAGAAGUAAAAUAUCCAUGCACAGGAUCCAUUAUUAACAACAGAGUUAUUCUCACUGCAGCUCAUUGUGCAUUGGCAAAGGCUGACAACUUUAAACUGUUUACAGUAAGAAUAGGGGAAUGGAACACAAACUCUGAAAUUGACUGUGGUCAAGAAUUUUGUGGCUUGCCUGUCCAAGAUUUAGCUAUAAGCCAUGUUAUAGUACAUCCAGGAUAUCAAAAACAAACGUACAGAAAUAAUAUUGCACUAAUUGUAGUUCGAUCUCAAAUAAACUACACAGUAACUGCACAGCCGAUAUGUUUACCGGAACCGUGGUCGGUCACGAGUAACAAUGGUUUACUUGUAGGAUGGGGAAAGACUGCAGGACAAAUAGAUACUCCUCCAAAUCAACAAGCCCUCGCUUUACCAAUCAUAAAUAUCCAACAAUGUGCCAAUGUGUAUGGAAAAACACUCCCUGUUACUGAGGAACAGGUGUGUGCCGGAGGUCAAUUGGGAAAUGACGCUUGUAGUGGAUUUGGAGGGGCUCCUCUACUUGUAAAACAUGGAGAUACUUUUUAUCAAGUGGGAAUUUUGUCAUUUGGUUCGGAUCAAUGUGGAGCCUCAGGGGUACCAAGUGUAUACACUAAUAUCAAAAAAUACGUUUUAUGGAUAAGAGAAAAUUCACCAUCGGUAUAUAACAACAAUAUAUAAUUUUUAUUUAAGUUCUCUUAAAAACAUACUUUUAAUUUGCCCAUCAUAUGAAUAUUCUUUAUUUAGUGUUAAGUUUGUGAUACCUAAUCUAAUUUAUUUUAUUUUAGUUCCGUAAACAAUAAUACUAUUUCUAGACCAAAAAUAAGUGAAAAUGUAUUUUUGUUUGUGUAAAUAAAUAUUCUACCA